AGAAGACACUGCCGUAUGACUGCAAGCACUUAGUUUUUGUUUCCAAGGCGGAGGACAGGACCGUGCUGUCACCAAGCCAGCUGAAUCCUCAGAAGCUUUGGAGAACACGCCUCCCAUCUCUGCUCACAGAUCCCAAGGAGGUACCCCUCUCUGCACCAUGGAGACCCCCCUGUUGACUCUGCUGCAGCUUCUCUGCCUCACUGUGCCGGGACACUGCGACUGCCAGAGGGACUGCCUCUCUUGCAGGGUGCCCCUCCCUGAAAAGCAAGUCUUCAGCACCCUGGCUUGUCUGGUUGAGUGCAAGGAGAGGGCCUCCCUGGGACUUACCUGGGACUUGUGUCAUAGGUACAGGGAGUUCUUGCAGCUCCGCUCCUUGCCUGUAGAGGUCACUGUGUUAAAGAAGGGGAUGAACGAGGCACCCACCCUGACACCGACGGACCGGGAGAGUGAAGGCCAGGAGUUCUCUGAAGCCCUGGAGCGGUUCCACCACGCAGCACGGGCCCUGGGCCUUGACGAAACUUCCUGGGAGGCCGCUCAGAUCUUGGACCCCCGCUUUCCCCGGCAGCUCAGGACCGAGGAGGAAGAGGGGGAGGGCGGGGCGGCAGAUGACGAUGAAGGGGACCGUGAGGAUGAUGGGAAGUCACAAGAGGUGGCCAUCAGCCUGUCGAAGCGAUUUGGCGGCUUCCUGAAGGGGAAGUACGGAUACAGGAAGUUGAUGGGCCCUGGCAGGAGCCUGCAGAAGCGAUACGGUGGCUUCAUAGGCAUCCGCAAGUCGGCCCGCAAGUGGCACAACCAGAAACGCUUCAGCGAGCUCCUCAAGCAGUACCUGGGCAUGAGGACCCGGCCAGAGUGAGACUUAGCUCCUGUCCCAUAAUACCUUUCCUCACACCCCUCACCUGCCUCAAUGGUCACAACCGUAGCCCCCCUAACUACACCUACAGUAUGUGAGGAUUAAGCUAACAAUGUGGAGGGAAAAAAAGCGUACAUGUUGUAAUUGUUUGUUUAUUUUUUGUAAAUGUACUUUUUCCCCACUGUGUGAUCACUGGCAAUAUACAAAUAAACGCAGAUAAAUUAAAA